UGCUGCAGGGGGUUCUGGGUAUUUGUUCUGUUGUGUUACGGUGCGGAUGUUCUCCCGAAAUGUGUUUGUCAUUCUUGUUUGGUGUGGGUUCACAGUGUGGCGCAUAUUUGUAACAGUGUUAAAGUUCAGUGUGACCUGUAUGGCUGUUGAUCAAGUAUGCCUUGCAUUCACUUGUGAGUGUGUCUUAAGCUGUAGAUAUUAUGUGACUGGGCAGACACGCAAAGGCAGUGCCUUCAAGGCACGCCCCCAAUAUUGUUGAGUGGAAAUCGGGAGAAUGGUUGCCCCAGGAGAAAUUCGGGAGUCUCCCGGGAAAAUCGGAAGGGUUGGCAAGUAUGACUGGGAGACGCAACUGCUCUGUACUUCUCCCUAUGUCCGUGUACCACUCCGUAGAGCUGCGUUUUUAAAAAGUCAUACAUUUUCCGUCAGUCUACCCCAGGGCAGCUGUGGCUACGAAAGUAGCUUACCACCACCAGGUGUAAAUGAAUGAUGGGUUUUUAACAUGUAAAGCGACUUUGGGUACUUAGAAAAGCGCUAUAUAAAUCCCAGGUAUUAUUAUUAUUAUUAUUAUUUUACUUUUUGAAACCGAUACAGAUAAUUUCCGAUAUUACAUUUUAAAGCAUUUAUCGGCCCGAUAAUAUCGGCAGCCCGAUAUUAUCGGACAUCCCUACUUUUUAGUGUCCUUGGUGGAGAAAGUUUGGACCCCCAGUGAGCGAGACCAUUCAGUUCCUGUCAAGCUGGCCAUACGGUCGGACCCACGCGGUUGCUGUCGUUGACUUCAAGUCCUGCUGACUUUAGCAAAUUCUCUGAAAAGAUCAAACUGGAGCGUGUGAAAAGGAAAAAUGGUGGGUGAACAGAAACACUGCGAGAGUGUCCUGCCAAUCUACAUUCCUCUGCCCUUCAAACGUUUCUUGGAAACUGACAAGUCCCACCCUGCUUCUAGGUACUUUUUCACGGGUGAUGUCAGCGGAAAGUUGCCAUGGUUUCAUGGUGUCAGCAAACAAUGGACAUUGGUAUGACUACUACCGAGUCAUCCUAUCAAAUGUAAAAGUGUUACUGAAAUAUUUAUUUUGAGAGCGCUGAAUGAAUUAAUGAAGGUUUUUGUACCAACGCAGAGAGUGUUGACAUCUUCCAAGAGAACAGGCUUAGGCUAGUCCUGGUCCUCUUGGAGUCCACCACUAGCUCUGCUCUUGAGUCUUGCUGCCCCAGUCCACAACGUACUCUGUACUCCGUUUUCAUAGAGAACUGGUGAAAGUGGAACAAUGCAGACUAGUACGGGAAGUCUGAGGACGCACCACGCUGACUUUACGUUUCCUUUCUACAACAGAAUGACGUGAUGGUCUGUUAGGAGUCAGGACCAGAGGAAACCUUAAGACUUGAUUAAAUGUAGCUCUUACAUAUUCAUGCUUAGUGGAGAAGUGCCUAGGCCUGAUGGAACCCCAACAGGAAAUGACACCCCGUUUGAUCAAGAACUAGAAACAAUGACCUAGAAUCUGUCACGUCUGCGAAAGUGGGUCGAGCAUCGUGCUUCGUCACACCUAAAUGUAAUGUGGUUUAGAGAGCAGGAUCAAAGGUGACAACGGCAGCAGCGAUCACAAUAAAGGUCCCCAGGGAUGACUUUGCUUUGUCAUUCACACAACUGAACCUGAGAACCGGAGAACCUCGAAAUCGACGAUUCGAAGAAGCCACGAAAAAGAAUGUUUUGGUCGUCGAACGCCGCCAUCAUGAUGGUGAUGAUGAUGAUGGUGGACGCGGGCAGUCUGUCCACACGCUCAGCAGUGAAACACAGACGACACUCGGGUCCGAGGAUAGAAACGGUCCCCCUGCAGCUGAACCCGAGCCUCUUGGCUCCUCCCAGAACGUUCCGGCCGCUGCAAAACGACUCCAUAUCGCCGUGGACUUACAACUACUCCCAGGAGGCCGCGGUGUUCCCGCCCGUGUCGGAGGCUCGCUGCCUGUUGCGAGGCUGCCUGGACUCCAACGGCGUGGAGGAUCUGAAUCUGAAGUCGGCCCCCAUCCUGCAUCAGGUGCUGCUGCUACAUCGCCUCAAGUCGGAGGGGGCGGAGCCAGGUUACCACUACCGCUUGGAGCCCCGCGUCAUCGCCGUGGGUUGUACGUGCGUCCGCGACUCUGUCCGACAGCAGGAAUAGUGACUACAUCAUGUCUCUCCUUCAUUAAAAUGAUCGCAGUCUUUCAUUAAUAGGACAUAUUUUAUAUAAAACAGGUAUUAUACCCUGUACUUAUUUAUUACAUAAAAUAUUUUUGUCAACUUUUAAUUUAUUACUGUACAGGAAGUGAGCUGCUAUGACGCAGUAUAUAAGCUCUGCUUCUUCCUACUCCUUUUCGAACCGGGAUUGUUGUAACUGUAAUCAUGCGAUGUGACGCUGUAUGCAAUAUCCCAAAUAAAC